AGGGUCACUUUAGUUUAUCUCCGAACGGGCAGAAUGGCACAUGUGUGAGAAAUAAUUUUAGACUUAAAAUGUUUUUAUUCGCAGUGUUAAUCAUUUUAUCAUUUUCGUGUGCUGCUGCUAAUGAAAGGUCUCCGUUAAGAAAAAGCAAAUUAAUAAUUGACAAUGACUCUGGUGGCGAUGACGCAGUGGCCAUAUUCCUUGCGCUACUUUAUGAGAAGCACUUCAAUGGGUCUCAACUUUUAGCGCUUACUACAGUCCAUGGUAACACAAUAGAGAGUAAUGUGUGUAUCAACAACCAGAGAAUUCUAAAAGUAGCUAAAAGGCAAAAUAUUCCUAUCUUUAGAGGGGCUAAAGACUCUCUUUUAAAAGAUUAUGAAAGAGGCAACUAUUACGGAGACGAUGGACUCGGAGAUAGCGGCGAACAAUUGAUCAAUUUGCUGCCAGCCCAGGAGAAGAACGCAGUGUCAGCACUCAUUGAUCUAACCAAAACUCAUCCAGGUGAAGUAACUGUUAUCACAUUAGGGCCUUUAACUAACAUCGCCUUGGCAGUAAGGUUGGAUCCCGAAUUUAUUAAUCGAUUGGCUCAUCUGUACAUCGGUGCUGGACACAUUCACGAUGAUGCCAAUCCCGAACCUGAAUUUAAUGCACGAAUGGACCCCGAAGCUUACCAUAUUGUUUUGGAAAAUAUGAAUCCGGACAAGGUCACACUUCUACCAUUCUCGCAAGUGAGGAAGGACCUUGAUUUUAGCAAGGAUUGGAGACAACAGGUCUUGGGUACAAUCGACAACGACGUGGUCAAAGCUAUAAACAAAUAUGAACAAGUUUCCAUGAAAAAGAAUGAACGUUGGCGUGCUCUUGAUCCUGCGGUCAUCGCGAUAGCAAUCAAGCCAGAUAUUGUGGAUGAAUUCACAUAUUCUAGGAACAAAAUAACAUUAAACGGUGAGAAACGAGGCAUCAAUACGAAUGAUUUUGUAGAAAAAGAUAAAGCCAACGUCAGGAUUGCUACUAACCUCAAUAAAGAACAAUACAGACAAUUUAUUAUUAAUGUUUUCUCAGCUGAAAAAUAA